GGUGAUGACCUGGCUGAGAUUAAACAUUUCUGUUAGAGGAUUCCUGAUUUAACCUCAUUCCUUCUUAGAAUAAACCUCCCUUUAUCUUCUGCCUUUUCUCUUGCAUUCCAAAGUACAGUUUCAUUAAAUCCCCAGGUCUACGAUUUUUCUUUGGGAACUUAUGUCCAGUAUCUCUCUUGAAAUUUUAAGAAAAGGUAGUUGAGUGUGAAAUGUUACAUGCAUCUUUUGAGAAAUUGAGGUUUUAUAAGUUGAAGGGUACUUUUAUAUUUUGGGCAUGUUUUCAGGGGUGGGAUUAUGUAGUUAUUGUUUUAAUAACCAUGUCCUAAUUAUUUAUAGCUUCCUGCCUGACAUAACUCACUUCAAGAAGUGCACAAUGUCAGAACGUGGAAUUAAGUGGGCUUGUGAAUACUGUACGUAUGAAAACUGGCCAUCUGCAAUCAAGUGUACUAUGUGUCGUGCCCAAAGACCUAGUGGAACAAUUAUUACAGAAGAUCCAUUUAAAAGUGGUUCAAGUGAUGUCGGUAGAGACUGGGAUCCUUCCGGCACCGAAGGAGGAAGUAGUCCUUUGAUAUGUCCAGACUCUAGUGCAAGACCAAGGGUUAAGUCUUCGUACAGCAUGGAAAAUGCGAAUAAAUGGUCAUGCCACAUGUGCACAUAUUUGAACUGGCCAAGAGCAAUCAGAUGCACUCAGUGUUUAUCCCAGCGUAGGACCAGGAGUCCCACAGAAUCUCCUCAAUCCUCAGGAUCUGGCUCAAGACCAGUUGCUUUUUCUGUUGACCCUUGCGAGGAAUACAAUGAUAGAAAUAAACUGAACACAAGGACCCAGCAUUGGACUUGUUCUAUUUGCACAUAUGAAAACUGGGCCAAAGCUAAAAAAUGUGUUGUUUGUGAUCAUCCCAGACCUAAUAAUAUUGAAGCAAUCGAGUUGGCAGAGACGGAAGAGGCUUCUUCAAUAAUAAAUGAGCAAGACAGAGCUCGAUGGAGAGGAAGCUGUAGCAGUGGCAACAGCCAAAGAAGAUCACCGCCAGCUACGAAACGGGACUCUGAGAUGAAAAUGGAUUUUCAGAGGAUUGAGUUGGCUGGUGCUGUUGGCAGCAAGGAGGAACUUGAAGUGGACUUCAAAAAACUAAAGCAAAUUAAAAACAGGAUGAAAAAGACUGAUUGGCUAUUCCUCAAUGCUUGUGUGGGGGUUGUAGAAGGUGAUUUAGCUGCUAUAGAAGCAUACAAAUCAUCAGGAGGGGACAUUGCCCGUCAGCUCACUGCAGAUGAAGUGCGCUUGCUGACCCGUCCUUCGGCUUUCGAUGUUGGCUAUACUCUGGUACAUCUGGCUAUACGUUUUCAGAGGCAGGAUAUGCUAGCAAUAUUGCUUACAGAGGUGUCUCAACAAGCCGCAAAGUGUAUUCCAGCAAUGGUGUGUCCUGAACUGACGGAGCAAAUCCGGCGUGAGAUAGCUGCCUCUCUUCAUCAGAGAAAGGGGGAUUUUGCUUGCUAUUUCCUAACUGACCUUGUAACAUUUACGUUGCCAGCAGAUAUUGAAGACUUGCCUCCAACAGUCCAAGAAAAAUUAUUUGAUGAGGUGCUUGAUAGAGAUGUUCAAAAAGAGUUAGAAGAAGAAUCUCCAAUUAUAAACUGGUCCUUGGAAUUGGCUACACGUUUGGACAGUCGACUGUAUGCACUUUGGAACCGGACUGCAGGAGACUGCUUACUUGAUUCAGUACUACAAGCUACCUGGGGCAUUUAUGACAAGGACUCGGUGCUUCGGAAAGCCCUGCAUGACAGCCUACAUGACUGUUCACAUUGGUUUUAUACACGUUGGAAAGAUUGGGAGUCGUGGUAUUCUCAGAGCUUUGGUUUACAUUUUUCCUUGAGAGAAGAACAGUGGCAAGAAGACUGGGCAUUUAUACUCUCUCUUGCUAGUCAGCCUGGAGCAAGUUUGGAACAGACCCACAUUUUUGUACUUGCACAUAUUCUUAGACGACCAAUUAUAGUUUAUGGAGUAAAAUAUUAUAAAAGUUUCCGGGGAGAAACUUUGGGAUAUACUCGGUUUCAAGGUGUGUAUUUGCCUUUGUUGUGGGAACAGAGUUUUUGUUGGAAAAGUCCGAUUGCUCUGGGCUAUACAAGGGGCCACUUCUCUGCUUUGGUUGCCAUGGAAAAUGAUGGCUAUGGUAACCGAGGUGCUGGUGCUAACCUGAACACCGAUGACGAUGUCACCAUUACAUUUCUCCCUCUGGUUGACAGUGAAAGGAAGUUACUCCAUGUGCACUUCCUUUCUGCUCAGGAGCUAGGUAAUGAGGAACAGCAAGAAAAGCUGCUCAGGGAGUGGCUGGACUGCUGUGUGACUGAGGGAGGAGUUCUCGUGGCCAUGCAGAAGAGCUCUCGGCGGCGAAAUCACCCUCUGGUCACGCAAAUGGUAGAAAAAUGGCUUGACCGCUACCGACAGAUCCGGCCUUGUACAUCCCUGUCUGAUGGGGAGGAAGACGAAGAUGAUGAAGAUGAAUGAAAAUAAUCAAAGAGCAGAAGAGCAAGGUACCAGCUCUGUGGUGACCUCCACGCUGCUGCGGUGCUCCAGGCAGAGUGCACGGCAUGGAAUGAAGCAGAUCUGGCAGGAUCUGCUUGGAAGGGUUUUUCUGAUCCACACCCAGUGGAGAUGAUGCAUCUGCUGUGAGGAGACAGAACUUUGGACUACAGUUUGUAAAAAAUGAAUUUUAUUAAGACAGAACUUUUUUCCUUUCAAAUUGUAAAUCUGUCUAUAAAUGUAACGCAUGUGGUUGUGUAAGAAGUUGUGUAAUAGGAAAAGUUGUACCAGCAUCUUCAUAUUAUUGAGAAGUUUUUUCCAGCAUGGGCACCUCCAAAAGCACAUGGCAGAUCACUCUUUGUUCCUUUGAGAUAAUUCUUGUUUAAGUAGAACCUUGCAUUCUACUUGCAUCUUAAAAGAUCCGUUUUACAUUAUGUCUCACUAGAGCUCAUUAGAGAUUUGGAAACUUUUUGUACAAAUUACCCACAGCAAAACAUAAAAACAAGCUUUUAUUUUUAUUAAUAAUUUAGUUCCUGUUGUGCCCAAUAAAAUAAAAUGAAAUCUUUAAGGAACAAACUGUAAAA